AUGAGCGCGGCGGCGGCGAGCUCGGUCACCAAGUUCAUCAAGUGCGUCACGGUCGGCGAUGGGGCCGUCGGGAAGACCUGCAUGCUCAUCUGCUACACCUCCAACAAGUUCCCCACGGAUUAUAUCCCCACUGUAUUUGACAACUUCAGCGCCAAUGUCUCUGUGGAUGGGAGCAUUGUCAACAUGGGCCUCUGGGACACGGCAGGCCAGGAGGAUUACAGUAGAUUGAGGCCUCUGAGCUACAGGGGUGCUGAUGUGUUCAUCCUCUCCUUCUCCCUGGUCAGCAGGGCGAGCUAUGAGAACGUCUUGAAGAAGUGGAUGCCAGAGCUUCGCCGAUUUUCACCUAGUGUUCCGGUAGUUCUUGUUGGAACCAAACUAGAUCUCCGUGAAGACAGAUCUUACCUUGCUGACCAUUCUGCUGCUUCCAUCAUCUCUACCGAACAGGGAGAAGAGCUCAGAAAGCAGAUAGGUGCUGUGGCAUACAUAGAAUGCAGCUCAAAGACACAGAGGAACAUAAAGGCUGUGUUCGACACUGCAAUUAAAGUAGUGCUGCAACCACCAAGGAGAAGAGAAGUUACCAGGAAGAAAAUGAAGACAAGUUCGAAUCAGUCUGUGAGAAGAUACCUCUGUGGAAGUGCAUGUUUCACAUGUUAUUGGUGCAACUCAACAGUCUACGGGGUCAUUAUCUCUGUCAGACAAACAUAUGCUAGGAAAAGAAAGCGUCCAAGGAAGAUAGCUGCUGCUCAAGAUAUAGCUGAAGAAGACAACAGUGAUAAUGAUGAGAGUGAUGAAGCACAAGGGCAGCAAUCUGAAUCAAAAGUAGGAAUGGAUGAGGAUGAAGAUUAUAGUGCACCUGCAACUAUAGCAGCAACUAGAGGAGGGGCAUUUCAAUUGAAUGAUGAUUUACAUAAUUAG